GUAAGAUUACUGUCUCUCUCUUUUCUUUUCUCAGAGCCUGAUGAUGUGAGGCUGGUGGGAGGAGGCAGUCGCUGUGCUGGUGGAGUGGAGUGGUACUACCAGGGAGAGUGGAGGAUUGUGGGAGCUGAGGACUGGCAUGUAGCUGCAGUAGUGUGUAGACAGCUGGGUUGUGGUUCCACUGUUUCAGAACUACCUGGAAACACCACUAGAGGGAUUAGAGCUUCCUGUUCUGGGUCUGAGUCUUCACUGAGGGAGUGUUCCAGAAGUUAUGAUCUCCUUCCUGGACUCACAGUGAUCUGCUCAGAUCUCCUGGUCCAGCCUGAUAUCUUCCUGACUGACUCAAUGGGAGGGGUCUUCAGGGGCCACCAGGGGCCCGAGGUGUUCAGGGGCUACAACUUCACCAUCACCUGCUCCACUCAGCCACAGUACCCAGGAGGCUCCUUCCUCCUCACGUUCACCGGCUCCAACAGAACCCAGACCCAGCCAGCUGUCAAUCACUCUGCUGCCUUCCUCUUCCCUGCUGCAGAUGACUCCCACCAGGGGAACUACAGCUGUGUUUAUGACAAUGAUGUUUUCUCUCAUAACUUCUCCUCUGAGAGUGAGCUCCUCUCCCUCACCAUCACAGGUAAGUGAACAUGAACCAGACUUAUAACUUUGUCAUUG